AUGGCUGAAGACACUAGCGCCGCCUGGCCUAUCGCCGAUGAGGCCCUUGCCCAGAGCCUCCUCGAUCUUGUGCAGCAGGCCGCUCAUUAUCGCCAACUGAAGAAGGGCGCCAACGAGUGCACCAAGUCCCUUAACCGGGGUACUAGUGAACUUGUGAUCAUGGCCGCGGAUACUAGCCCGCUAGCUAUUGUCCUUCACUUGCCUCUUUUGGCCGAGGAUAAGAAUGUUCCCUACGUUUACGUUCCUAGCAAGAUGGCUCUCGGCCGUGCUACCGGUGUUUCCCGCCCCGUGAUUGCUGCCUCUAUCACUACGAACGAGGCCAGCGACCUGACCGCUCAGAUCCGUGCUAUUAAGAACCAGGUCGAGCGCCUCAUGAUCUAA